GAGCCAAAGCUCCGGCGAGAUGCCCAUCGGCGCUUCGGCGUGACGCAACAUCUCGUCGGCGGCGAGAUAGGGGCGUGGAGGACGGGGGCGGCGCGAGAUGGACGCGAGGCCUCGGCCGUCCUGCGGGCGUAGGGUGACGGCCAAGAAGCGGCCGAGGCCGGCGGAUGUGUCCUCCAACAGCGCGCGGAAGCUGCAGCGGCGGGAGGUUGCGGCGUUUCCCGCGCGCAACUUCGCCGCGAGAAGCACGCGGGAGCGGUUCCGCAAUAUCCAGCUCCAGGAAGAGUUUGAUACCUAUGAUCCGAAGGAGAAUAGGUCACUCCUACCUUUCUUGAGUAAGCGGUCUGAAAUUAUCGAGAUAGUUGGAGCCCGUGAUAUUAUAUUUGCUUUAUCACAGUUGGGAGUCUGUGCUGCGUUCAGUAGAGUGACGAACCAGCGGAUUUGCUUUCUAAAUGGAAGUCCAGAUGAAGUCAUCCGCAGUUUGUUUUAUAACAAGAAUAAUGACUCGCUUAUAACUGUAUCAGUUUAUGGCUCUGAAAAUUUCAGUGCCUUAAGAUGCAGGACAACUCGAAUUGAGUAUAUACGCCGUGGAAAGCCAGAUGGUGGUUACCCUCUUUUUGAGACAGAAUCGUUGAAGUGGCCAGGUUUCGUGGAGUUUGAUGAUGUGAACGGAAAGGUGUUGACUUACUCUGCACAAGACAGUACUUAUAAGGUGUUUGAUUUGAAGAACUACACACUGCUGUACACGAUAUCUGAUAAAGAUGUUCAAGAGAUAAAAAUCAGCCCUGGUAUAAUGCUAUUGAUCUACUCUAGAAAAAGGGGAUAUAUUCCUCUUGAGAUUCUUUCUAUUGAGGAUGGGAAGCGGUUGAAGUCAUUCAGACAUCUUCUUCACCGCAAUAAGAAGGUUGAUUUCAUCGAGCAAUUCAAUGAAAAACUUCUAGUGAAACAGGACGGAGAGAACCUUCAAAUUCUUGAUGUAAGAAAUUUUAAGACAACAGAAGUGAGCAGCAGUGAGUUUGUGACUCCGUCAGCUUUUAUUUUUCUAUACGAGAUGCAGCUGUUCCUGACAUUCCGCAAUCGGUCAGUAUCUGUUUGGAAUUUCCGUGGUGAACUGGUGACAUCCUUUGAGGACCAUUUGUUGUGGCAUCCCGAUUGCAAUACAAACAGUAUUUACAUAACUAGCAACCAAGACCUUAUUAUAUCUUAUUGCAAAGCUGACCCGGAUGAUCCAUCUUCACAGGACAAUGCUUGUUCGAUAAACAUCAGCGAGAUAUUGACCGGAAAAUGUGUGGCCAAGAUAAAGGCCGGGAACCUCUGCAAACAAAAGAAGUCAUCAAACUUCCAGUGCACGCCGUCAGAGGCCCUUUCAGACAUCACAUCCCUGUACUACGAUGAAGAGCGCGAAGAGAUCUACACCGGCAACCAACAAGGCCUUGUCCAUGUGUGGUCAAAUUAGCAGCUCCUUAGGCAGGCUAGGUUACAUCAGGCACCAAAGAAUAGUCGUGGUUAUCUUCCGCUGGCCUUCAUGGUGGGAAUGCAGGAUGCUAGUCGUUUGUGUAUAGUUUAGUAAGGUAGUUCACCAUCCAUCCGGCCACUUCUUAUCUGUUGCCAGGUUACAUUUGUCGUCUGUUUUGGGGGUCCGUGUUAGUUUCCAAAGAUGUUUAUCAUAGGCUUCAGCUGAGAGGAAAAGGCAUCGGGUGUGUUGAGGAUAUUGCCUCAGAAGCUAUUUAUCUGAUUCUAGUUUUGAA